AUGGCAGUGCAUUUGAACUCCGUGGACAUUGUCAAGGGCUGGACAAGGGCAACUUCAGUGGUGUGGAUCAUGCUGGCAGUGUCGGAGCUUGACCCCUCAGAGGAAUCCACCAAGGCUUUUGUGAAGCCUUUAGAAAAGGUCCUGGAUAGGGCCUGGUUGCUUCCAAUGCAUGUUGUGAUUGGCAUGAGCAAGGAUCAGCAGUCUUUCCGGAACAUGAGCCUCAGCUUUCGUGGAGCAGAAAGGCAAUCUCCAAGUGUUCUUCAAAUGGCUCUCCGCUUUUCAGUCAUCAUGGAGCGGCAGGCUACCACGAUGUCUGGCAAUACUGAGUCAAGGCUCAAGAAAGUCAUCAAGCAGUUCAACGAGAGCGACGGACUUCAUGUGAAGCACCAAGUCGACUCAGAGAAGGAGCGGACCAUUCUGAACCUAAUCGUUGGGACUUGCAAGGCAACACGGGACGUGAUGUCUCAACAUCUAGCCUUCGCCAAAUGGCGCGAGAGCGCGUUCAGCACUGAUCUCCUGAAAGGCUCGCGAUGGCUGCUAGGUGCCCGACCUAAAGGCCUUCCGGAGUCUUUGCAUGAAGCCCUGGUGGUCACGCCAGAGUCGCAGACCAUGUUGAUGCAGCUCCAUGUCAAGCGCUUUUUGCAGGCGACCAGGCGUGUUAAGCCUACUCAGCGUGGUAGGGCUCGCAUUUCUCCGGAAGAGUUUGACAAGUUGGUCGACUAUUCCUGCAUGUUCGCAUUUCUUCGGCAGAGCGCCAAGACAGCGACCUCUGACCCCAAGGUGGAUGAGAAGCUGUUGGAGGCUUUCAUGGCCAGGGACUACUUCCAGGACAUUGAAGCAGUGGUCACAAGCAAGAACCCUUCAUUUCAGUUGCGAUCAUUGAUUGUUUGGAGUGACUUGGUGGAGCCUCCGAUGUUGCCGGCGAGCUUGCAAGGAGAGGAAUCCGUGGACGUGCUUGCGGCCCAAGAGCAAGCCUCUGCUGCAAAAUUUGCGGAGAUCAAGGUCAAGCUCGCGGCAGAUUGCAAGGCAAUGAAUGCCUUCAAUUCCGAGAAGUCACAGGUUGCUGGGAAGCAACACGUGACCAAGGUGCUUCAUGAGAAAGCUCAGAAUGAGACUGGAUCCAAGGUGGUCAUGGAUUUCAUGCAGAAUCAUUGCUGGAUGGGGCUGGUGGCUGAUUGGAGUAUGCCGGCUGAAGUGGAUGUCAUGUUGCGUGCUACUGCGGCUCGCAAUCAGGUGGCGCUGGAAAAGGUCAACGUGAUUGGCUGGGUUGAUCUGACCAAAAUUGGUGUCGUCACCCAGAAGGACAUCAACAAGGUGGGACAGUGGUGUGAGAAGCUCAUUGCCAAGAACCCACUGUGCACCUGUGUGGUCAUGGCCCUUCCUCUCUUGGCAUCUGCCCUUGGAUGUGGAGCUUUGCGGACGGAUAUUCGGAAGCUGGAGGACAAACUCAACGAUUACAAGAUCGAGUUUCGCAGCUUUUGUUUGCCCAUGGACCUCUCUGGGUUGCAUCACAACCGAACGAUGCCAGGAGGGUUCUUCUACUAUUUGUGCGUCGCAGACAUGUGCCUCCCAUCCCAGGGAACGGCUCACAGGGCGAACAGAACCGCCGGAAAGGUGGAUCGCGACGACGUGAAUGUGUUCUGCUUCUCGAAGCUGUGGCAGAAUCAGGUGGUGUCAUCACCUGCCCGUGCAAUUGACGAAAGUCAAUUUGUCAUCCCGGGGCUGAGCAUUGUUGCAUCCAGCGCGGAAGGCAGUGGGGUAGAGAUGAAGGCAACAGUUGUUGUGAACUCCACCGCCUACGACGGAUGCCUCGAGAAGGUGUGUGUUGGCAAGGGGCUGCCAUGUGUGUCCCAAAGUGAGAAGCAAACCCACUUCACCAUGUCCUUGAAGCUCACCAAGUCCGCCCUUCUCGAUCAGUGGAAGAAGGGUAGUGGAGCGAUGGCUGACAGGCUGCCCCGCUAUAUUUCUGAGCCCAAUGCGGAAGUGAUGCCUUCUGAUCCGGCGGAGCCAACUUUGACAGUGUGUUCCAUGGUUGAUGGUACUUUGUGCUUGCCUCGCAACAUCCGCUCGGAGUUCCUGUCAGACCCCAUCAGGGGCCCAGAGUGGAGAAAGAUUCUUCAAGAAUUCGACAGGUGCUUCGGAACAUCAGCGCCCGUGCCUGCAGGGCCUUCUGUGACUGAGGCUGGUGGUGCGGGCAGUGGUGAGCCUGAGCCUGCUCCACAAAAUGCAACCCCUGGCUUUGAUUGGGAAACUGCUUUCGAUGAGCCAAGGGCUGCUGAGCAGUGGCAUACGAAGUACGACGGGCUCAUUCAGGGCAAGUUCUCAUGGUGCCCGGAACUGACUGCUUACAUCGUGGGGGAUGGGCAAUCUUCAGAAUCUGAUGCGCCUCCAAAGUUCAAGCUCUUCAUCGAAGCACACGAGGCAUAUACAUUGCCGGCUGACGAGGCCUUCUUGACGUAUGGAGCUGGGACAUGGCUUCUCGACAGCAAGGCGGAGAGCUUCUUGUCCGAGAACUCCGAGCAUGGGCACAAGGCCGUGGAGUGCAAAUUUCAAUCUGACUUGGUUCCAGUGGUGCUGGAGGAGGGUGGUCACGACGGUGACCUCAAGACAUUGCGAGGGGUGAUCCAGCAAUGUGAAGCAGCCGGGAUGGUUGACUUUGAGCUCGGGGGCCAUUCUUUUUUCCCGACCUGCAGCAGUGGUCCAAGGGAAGUCUGGAGAUCAGUUUGA